AGUCCUCGAGAAAUGUGGCUGGUGAGCCAAUGUUACGUCAAAGGACCGCCCUUGGACAUUCAUGCGGGUUUGAAACCUGCUCGGAUGUCAAGGGUGCUGCCAGUUUUCUAAGUAUCAGCCGGCCUUUUCCAUUCUCUUCAUCUCUUCCUCCUUACAAGCACUACAUACACCCAGACCACACAUCUCACACCAAAUCUAUCUUCGCAAACCCCUAUCAUGUCGGACAAGCAAGCCUCUGCCGGAGCCGAAGGUGGUGCCAGUGCUCCCGAAAGAAAGAAGCCACAGAAGCUGGGCCAGAAGAAACCUCAGCAGCAACAGCCCACCCCCGACCAAUCGGAAGGAGAUGGUGGUGCUGAGGCCGAAGCAAGCGCCGACGUUGAAGCAGAUGCCAGUGCCAACGCCGAUGGAGAAGAAGAAGCCGAGCCGGAACCUCAGCAACAAAAGUCACGUCAAGCAUCUCAAUCUCGCAGACGCCAGAGCCGUGGUCGUGGCCGUCGCGGACAAGACAGCGACACAGAAUCUGUUGCUAGAAGCGAUGCAUCUGCGAACGGUGGACGUCGCCAACGUCAACGUCAGAAGAAGCAAGGCGGCGGCGGCGGUGGUGGUCCUCUGGACGACAUCACCGAAAAUGUUCCUGGAGGUGACGCAAUUGGUGGAGCUGGCGAGAUGGUUCAAAAUACCGCUGGUCAGGCCGUCAACCAAGUUGGAAACACCGCGGGUAAGGCUCUCGGCGGUUUGACAGGAGGUCAGAAGCAAGGCGGUGGUGAGGAAGAGGACGACGGUGGUAAGGGUGAACAAUUGCGUCUGAGACUCGAGCUUAACCUGGACAUUGAGAUUCAGCUUAAGGCUAAGAUUCACGGUGACCUGACUCUCGGAUUGCUGUACGUAUAUCGCCGCACUUCCCUUCUCAAUGGAGCUGACAAUCCACCAGUAACUAAAACCAUUGCUGCCACGCAUACGCCGAAAGUGCGGACGACCAAUGCUGAAACGACAUUUAUAAUGGGAUACCAUGGAGUUCUGGUCUUUGUUGGAUUACCAUCUGUUCAUCUUGUUUCAUUCCCUGUAUUCUGUAAAGUUAGAUCAAAAACGACGAGAGGACCUUUGAGCCACACAAGACUGUUCUGUCGACGGAGAUGUGAUUAUGCUUCUAGAGCACAAGUGAUACAAGGCAAGCGUCUUCUCGCUUUGCAUAUCCUCUCUGCUCACCUAUCGUGGAUGCCCGAUCCCGAGGUAUCAGUCUACUUGAAGACCUGCACAUGCUGCCUGAGGUAUCUUCGUAUUCGUGUCAUGUUCGUUCAGUCGGAUCACCAUAGAGCUCGCUUCACCGUCAGUACCCUGACGUCGACGUGUCAGCUAGUGAGGCGCAGUGCCUUGAUCAUGAAUAGUGUUUGAGCGGUCUCGCGAAAUUUCCUUCUGCAAAUUGCCCUAGA